AUGUCCGACAUCCAGGAUCCCAUCCCCAACGAUGAAGCCGCCUCCGACACUUCCUCCAUGAUCGUCGAGACGGGUAAAUCCCCCAUCACCAACCCUCCAUCCACCACCCCCAACCAAGGCGAAUCGAGCACCUCCCAACCCAACCUCACCAUCAUCCGCGCCCCCCGAAUCAUCACAAUCAACCACGUCGGCGAACUCCGCCUCAUCGGCAUUCUCGACCCCCUCAACCGAGGCGUCGGAUUCUACUUCGACAACCCCCACGAGGAAUUCCUCGUUCGCAACGUAAUGGCACACUCCAACCUCGCCGUCCAAGCCAUCGUCUUUCAAGGCGAGCGCAGCGCAGGAAAUCACGUUGCCCGAAAGCUCCCCUCCCUGUAUCCCGGUCGUGGUGUUCGAGAGUUCCACUUCGAUCUCCCUUUUCGCGUUGCAGACCCUGCUGCCUUUAGACAGCUGCAACUCCCUCUUGGGUUCCGCCGCUGCUUCUUGGGAUUGAAGCCUAAGGGGACUGUUAUUCAUAAGUUGGCUAGGGAUGAGGAGUGUGACCCGAAGUUGGUCAAGCGGUAUAAUCGCAUCUUCAAGGCUUGGAAGAAGGAGAAUGGUGCGCUGCCUGAGCGGCACUGUGAUGUUGCGCUGAUGGCGUGGCCUAGAAUGGCGUACUGUGCUGGUGGGAUGUCGUUGGAGUUCGUUCAGGAGCUUGAGGCUGAUUCUCUUGGCGGCACUGACGUCGUCAUGUGGUAA